CUUUUGAUGGGACACCCUGUAUAUAUACAAUGCAUUUCUUAUAUAAUACUGAUGCAUAUUAUACAUGGCCAGAUCAUACAUCGCGUCUUUUGUAUUUAAUUAUAUGAUCUUAUAUAAUUACAUUAUGUCCAUUUUUCCUCGGAUCGCUCAUUCAACUAUAACUCGGUCUUUGAUUGUAGUAUUUGCGUUAUUCGUGGUAUACAAAUUAUACAGAUUCGCUUACAAUAAACCGCCUAAUACACCUCUAGGUAAGCUGAUAUCAAAUUUGCUUAUAUUUGAUAAACUUUUUUUAUUCUCAAUUCCGAUUUCUCUCAGUCUUCAGUAUCGAAUAUUGGAUCCUUUGUGUAACAGAGUAUAUAUUUUCCCUUAUAAAUGUUACUGAUAUAUAUUGAACAAACAUUACUAUAACAUAAAUUAUGGAAAAGAAGUUUUUACAUGCAUAUGUAUACAUAUAUAUGUAUAUGUAUGUAUACUAUAUUUUAUAUAACAUUUAUAUUUAACAAAUAUUCUUAAUGAUAUCAAUAGAAUUCUGCUUAACAAGAUCUAUCAUAUCUCGACUGAUGACUAAUGAUCAUUUUUAUUUACGAGAAUUCUACGACGUAGAUCUUAUUCAGGAUUCUAAUAGGAGGAGCUUACUGGCUGUUAUUAUGGAGAAACUACAAAAAUAGCUAUUAAGUAUUACGCAAAGAAACUAAUUAUCUGAAAAAAUAAACGAAGAUUAAAAAGGUAAACAAGUUGUAAAAUUUCAUGGAGGAGCAAAUGAUUAUUUAGUUUUUUCAGUGAAAGAUUUUUAAAAGAAGAUGGGCAAUUAAGGAAAAACUUGACAUUCACUUUCGAUUUCGACGAAUCGAUAUCCUAUAAUAUGUAAAUGUAUAUAGAAAAAAAUUCAAUCGUUAUUUUUUUGAAUAAUCUUAUUAACAUAACUCUUGUCUAUUUAUAUUGCCAUAUUUGUAUAUAUGUGUACGUGUUAUUUAUAACACAUGUUCUUUUAAAGACCAUUAAGAUAUUGGAUGACAUUCAGAAAAACAUGAUUAUGUGUGAUCGUUGCAAUAAGUAUAUAAUAAUAAAAAUGUGUUCUUAUUUCUUUUUCUUGUGUGAAACUUAAUUUAUUAUAUAUAUGUACAUAUUUCGCUUUUCUUAAUGCUCAUGUGUAUUCUAUAUCAUGCACACUGCAUGUGUUAAUCACACAUAUAUAAAGUAAACGUCAUUGUAGUAGUUUCCUGAAUAUAGUCAAGAUCAAAGGUCAAGUAAGAUACAAAUAUCGAACAAAGAGUACUGAUAAUAUUGCUUUUAAUCAUGUAUUUUUUACGCAUCACAUAACACAGUAAUAACCAUCUUUGAUAUCUAAAAAUAUUGCUUUGAGUAGGAGAUAUAAAAUCGUAAACAAAUAUCUGCCGUAUCUCUAGUUAAGUCUUCGAGAAAGAGAUAUUAAAUUGAAAACAAUUUAUAUCUCGCAGCCUACACAUCUCAUAAUCUCUACUGUCCAGACAUUGUAACUUUUUAUAUCAACCAUAUUUAAAAAAAUAUAAGAUAGACUCGUAAACUCUCAUCUCUUCAUUCAGUAUCUGUCAUUCAUCCAACUAUGUCUCCGCUCUUAAUUGUGGUACUUGUGUUACUCGUGGUGUACAAAUUAUACAGAUUCGCUUACGAUAAACCGCCCAAUACACCUCCAGGUCUUAUCAGGAUUCCAAUAGGAGGAGCUUACUGGUUGUUUUUAUGGAGAAACUACAAAUAUGUACAUUUGGGUAUGGAAUAUUACGCAAAGAAGCUAAAAUCAAAGGUCUUCAGCUGCUAUAUGGGCGAUUAUUUUGCGGUAAUUGCGAAUGAUUAUGCCAGUAUAAAGGAGGUAUUCUCGAAGGAAGAGUUCGACGGCCGAGUCACAGAGGCGGAUUUUAUAAAAGAUCGAGCUUUCAAAAAGAAGCUAGGUAUAUUUUUCAUCGAAGGCCCACAAUGGCAAGAACAGAGAAGAUUCGCUCUUCGCCAUAUGCGCGACUUUGGAUUCGGUCGACGUCAGGAGAAACUCGAGAGCGAGAUCAUGGACGAGAUGACUCUGUUCAUCGAUAUCCUGAAAAACGGACCAAUUUAUGACGCAGAAAAGGAAAUAAUAAGGGGCAACUUGGCGCUCUUCCCGGAUGUUUUAUACGCGUCGUCAGCUAAUAACAUAUGGAAUGUGAUGUUCGGUUACAGAUUUGACAGAAGCGAACACGAUAUCCCGAGACAUCUCUGUCGCUCGGCCUUAAUGAUGCAAAGAGCGAACGAUCCAAGCGGCGGCGCGCUCUUUCAACGUCCGUUCUUGAAAUACUUUGGCAAUAUGUUUGGCUAUAAAAAUCAUAUAAAAGGAAAUUACGCAAUGGUAGAUGUUGUCAAGAAAGGUUUGGAGCGUCAAAAAGCUACUCUCAGCGAGAACGUCAAUCGGGGAUUCGUCGAUAAUUAUCUGAAAAAGUUAAAUGAAGAUGACAAGUCGCAUUAUUUUACGGAAGAGCAACUGAUCAUUUUGCUAGUCGAUAUGAUGUUCCCCGCUUUCUCCGCGUUACCAAGCGCCGUUACCCACGCUAUUAAGUACUUGAUGCAUAAUCCCAAAGUUAUGAAGAAAGUCCAGAAUGAGAUAGACAAUGUCGUUGGGACCGGACGAUUGGUCACGUGGGAGGACAGAAUAAAUCUGCCCUAUACGGAAGCGACAAUCCGUGAAUCUUUAAGAAUCGAGACACUUGCCCCGCUCGGCAUAAUUCAUAAAACCGUGAAAAAAACUACGUUAGGAGGCUACGAGAUACCGGCAAACACGCCGGUUGUCACCAACUUGGCGGCAAUGAAUAGUGAUCCUGAUAUGUGGGGCGACCCCAAGAACUUCAGACCAGAAAGAUUUUUGAAGGAAGAUGGACAAUUAAGUAAAGAUUUGACACUUCCCUUCGGUUUCGGUCAUCGAUUAUGUGCGGGGGAAACUUAUGCCAGAUAUAAUAUGUUCGAAUCGAUAGCCCUCUUAAUACAAAAUUUUAAUUUCUUUUUCGUUGAGGGUGAGUCAUCGAGUCUCGAGGACAAGCUACCUGGCCUAGUCAUCAAUCCCAAAGAAUUGUGGAUACGUUUAGAAGUACGUUGAUUUCUAUCUUUGUCCCUAUAUUCGAAUCAGAUAAAAAUAUAUAUAAAAAUAUAUAUAUAUAGGAUGUAACUGAAAGAUUUAUACAAACAUUGAGGGUGAAUUUUAUACCCCAAAACAAUAAAAAAAGAUUAUAUGAAUAAAG